UUGAAUUGUAAAAACUGAUUGCUGUCACUAACCACAAGCUAAUUUAGUUAGUAUUUCGUAAUGUGGAAAUCAAUUUACUUGGAUUUUAUUGUUACAACCCUUGUUUUAUUGUGUUAUUUAUGCAAUCAUUUAUGUGAUUCUCAAAAUGAGGAUAGCAACAAUGUUUCAAGACAAUUACCACCACCAGAGAAUCCGGUUUUUGCGCGAGAACAACUUUAUAUAGCUCCAUUCAGAAAGUCGCAUGACGAAGCCUUGACUUGUGGACAGUUGAUUGUAUCUCGAGGCUUCAAGUAUGAACGUCACUUCGUUACAACAGAAGAUGGUUACAUACUUCAAUUGUAUCGAAUCAUCAAUCCAAAUGCUCAAGCAGCUCGAGGAUCGAAACUUAUCCCUGUUUUAUUAGUUCAUGGAAUUUUUACUUCAUGCAGUAGUUGGAUGUUUAAUGGAUUCGAUGGAUUCAUAGAGCCAUGGGUAGACGGAAACCCGCCCAAUGUUAGAUCAAACAAUCUUGCCUUUGUUCUGGGUAAUGGUGAGUUUGAUGUUUGGGUAGCAAAUAACAGAGGAACUUCUUACUCUAUGAACCACACUCGACUCGAUCCUUAUACUGAUGCAAAGUUUUGGGACUAUUCAUUUGCUGAUAUGGGUGAAUAUGAUCUUCCAGCAAUGGUUGAUUAUGUUAUUGCUAAAACUGAACAUGAUAAAAUUGUAUACAUUGGUUAUUCACAAGGAACUCAACAAAUGUUCACUAAACUAGCACUGGAUCCAGCUUUUGCUGAUAAACUUUACCUGAAUAUAAACAUUGCGCCAAUAGCCUUUGAUGGAGAUCCUAAAGGUAUAGUCAGUCUGGCACCUAAUGAGAGGCUCUUUUAUCUGGCAUUAGGGAAAUACGUCGGUCCAGUGCCACCACUUUUAGCUGAAACUAAUGCUGGACUUACUGCCUUUUGCACGGUCGAAAUUAACAAACCACUUUGCAUUGCUGUUUAUAAUUAUCUUUUUGGUCCAGAUCGAGCAAUGAUUGAUAGGAAACGAUUUCAAGUUUUGACAAGUCAAAUUGAUUUAAUUUCAAGCAAAGAUGCUUUACAUAACCUGCAAUCGAUGCAUUUCAAUCAAACUCGUAAAUACGAUUAUGGUCGAAAAAAGAAUCAAGAAAUGUAUGGUUCAGAUGAUCCACCCAAGUAUCCAUUUGAAAAUAUACCAACGUACAAUUUGGUUCUCAUUAGUGGAUUGAAUGACUAUUUAGCUUCACAAAUUGAUGUGCAAAAGCUAAGGAACAUCUUAAGAAGAAGAAACUGCACGAAUAUUAAUGAUGAUUGUCCAGACUCGAAUAACAGACCCUACAUUGAUCACGUAAUCACCUAUCCUCAUUGGUCUCACACUGACAUCAUCUUUGGUAACCGGGCAUAUGAAUAUGCACAUUCGGUGAUUGUCAGAAUAAUACGCGAUUUCUUUGACCGAACUCAAUGAAAUAUUAUCAAAACUUUUGCCUGUAAACUUCGCUAGUUCUGUUCAAAUAAUGAUCCUUGUAUAAUUACAUUUUAAACGAAGCGAUGUAGCUAUGGACAAUAACAGAAAUACAUUUCAUCUAUCAAUGUCUUUAUAUUUUUUGCUGAAACGAAAUUUUUAAUAAUCUGAAUAAAAUUGCCUUUCAGCCUGAAUCUAAAUGACAUUUCUAGCUUUGUUGCAAAUACAAA